AGGCUUGGAUACAAAUGCGGAAAGAAACAAACGAACGCAGGGAUCAGUGAAGAAUCGGUUUGAUUUCAGGGCCAUCUGCAGACAUUUCUAACUUUCUAAUUUUAUAGGACAGUGUCACAUCAGACCAGCAUCAUGUUUCACGCUUCAGGAGAGAUGCUGACACAGUCCAGUGGUCAGGAACCAUCGAUGUAUCUAGAACGUCCGUCCUCGGCCAGGUCACAAGACAUCCGUCACAUCCUCACCAAAACAUUUCGCGAGCUGUUCACGCGUGAUGUGGUCGAUCCUGAGAAAAUCCAAAGUCUCACAGUGUCAAAGGACAAUGACGAUGCGUAUCACAAGCAUUAUGUCAAUGCAUUACAGCAGAUUUACCAGGAGAGAGAGCGUCGCAUGGCAGAGUGUGCCAUGCUUGAGCGUCACAUCAUGCAGGCCCAGGCCAGAGCCAUGUCUACAGACGAGAGGGAACUAAACAAAACUGCAGCCAGCUGUGAUAACUACUUUGAUCUUGGUUUGCCAACAGGCCGCCCUCACUUCCGCAGUUGUCUGGACACUGACCUGUUAAGAAGCCAUGGCUUGAUCGUCCCCGAAGAUUAUUCCACAAGAGAACCGUCCCCUGUCAGGGCUCCAAAAGACACAGGCCUUCCUAGCUACUUGGAACAAACUCUGAGCUCCAGUCAGCGUACCUACCAGAGGAAACAGGAAGAGUGUGCUCGCUUGUCCAGUUGUUGUGAAGGCUCAAGCCCUGAUAGCAGCCUUUCUGAGGGAGGGGACGAGAAGCUGGGACAAGAUGGUCCAGCAGAAAAUCAGCUUGGGGUGCCCCUGAACAAGCUCUGGCAGAACCACUUACCCACGGAGCAGAGAGAAGUUGACAAACGAGACAUGGCAAAUCUGGAGUCCAAGGUCAACUUCAUGUGCAACCCACGUCACAUUCCCCCGUCAGCUCCCCCUGGUGGCAGGUCACUCAUUCAACACAGCAAGAAGAAGCCCAAAGAGAUUGGAAUCAAGUCAAAGCCAGAAAAACCUGUGCAUAAAGAGCCCUCCGUUGUGUUCCUUGCCUCUCCUCCAGUUGUCACGUUUUCCCAAUAUGCUGUAGGACAAGUCUACGAGAUGACGUUAGAACUGAAGAAUGUGACAACUGUUUUACGACCCUGCAGAGUUCUCCCCCCUACCACACCAUACUUCUCCAUUGGACUUGGACAGUUCCCUGGAGAACAGGGAUUGGUUGCCCCGGGCAUGAGCUGUCACUACACCAUCAGGUUUAACCCCGACUCCUUGGGGGACUAUGAUGAUGUUAUAAAGGUACAGACUCAGUCUUCAAGACCCAUGUUGAUCCAGCUUCAGGGAAGAAGACCCCCACCUGUCUUGUCACUGCCCCCCGAGCUAGAUGUAGGUUUCUGUCUGGUUGGAGACCUGCAUAUCGCCCAUUUCCUGGUGACCAAUGAGGGAGGGCCCGGCCGAUUCUGUCUGAUGCCCACAUCGUUCUGGCCUGCCACAAACUUUAAGUCCUCGAUGAAGAGUGGCAUAGUGUCAUUACCUCCCUUCGAAGUGAGACCUUCAGUGUUUGAACUUCAAGCCGGUCAGAAGACCAUCAUAGAGGUAGCUUUUCAUCCCUCCCAAGUUAGAGAGUACACGGAGGAAAUCACCAUGGUCUGUGACAACUGUCAAGUCAAACAUUUCAAAGUAAAAGGUGAGGCCCAGCUGGCUGGGGUGAAGCUAGCAGCGAUUGAGGGAGGUGAAUCAUCCCAGGAGCCUGGGGAAAUCUGUGAUGUGACUGCUCAACACCUCAUCAAGUUUGAGGAGCUCAAUCCCUUCACCUACACUGACAAGACCGUGGAGAUCAAGAACCAAACUAAUGUUAACAUGCACUUUGUGUGGGACAUCUACAAACCUUUGCUGAAGACACCAGUCUUACCAGGUGCAGAUAACUCAGAUGAGGAGACUGCAACUACUAUGAGACUGGCCUCUGGGAGGGUGAGCGACAUUGACUCGGUCUUCAGCAUUCACCCUUCCAGUGGCAUAUUGCCUGCAGAUGACACCAUGGAGUUCAAGGUCACCUUUGCCCCGCCUAAGGUAGGGGAUUUCUCCAGUGUGUUACACAUGCAGCUGAAGCAGAUUCCUCCCACCCCGCCAGAUGUGUCCUCCCUGUCAGAGGUGUCAUCAGUCAUGUCAACUGAAUCGGAAGCUAGGGAGAAAACUUCUGACAGUAGUCUGCUUGCAUCCAUGCCUGCGUUCGAGGAUAAAACAGUCCUAGAAGUGGAGGUGAAGGGGAAGUGUGUCCCCUUGAAUGUCGUUCUUCAUCCAUAUGCUAUGAUUAUUCCUGGCACAUUUUUAGUGGGGGUCACAGUCAAGAAACAAGUCGUGCUGGUGAACCACAGCUACAGUGGAAUCGUGUUCCACUGGCGCUCCUAUACAGAGGAUCACAUCCUAGAAGUGGAACCAUCUUUUGGAGAGCUGGGUCCUGGCAUGGCUCUGGAUUUGGAGCUGAGCAUCACGGGCUCGCACCCAGGGAAGAUUGACCAGACCCUGCUGUGUUUUGUGGACAACCUACAGGAACCAGUUCACCUGCACGUGGAGGCAGAGUUCAAGGGCCCAGAGAUAUGUAUCGAGGAACCUGAUGUGAACUUUGGCCUGGCCCAUCUUGGUCAGUCCAUUACAAGGGAGAUUACUCUCACCAACAUGUGCCAGGUUACCACCAGCUGGCGUAUAGAGGAAUGGACAAAGCUGGAGGAGAUAGAAGAUGAAUCUUCAGUAAAUUCCACGGGAAAUCAUCCCAAGUGGUGGUCCAGCUGUCAGAACCUGCAGUGUAGUGUAGAAGAACUCCCUCCCCAAUUCACCUUCAGCCCAGACUCUGGUGACCUCAAACCCCUGGCGAGUCAGACCUUGACAGUUACCUUCACGCCAACUCAUGCCCAGUCGUUGAAAACCAUGUUCCGGGUGCUGGUUGCAGAUGGACAGGAUUGUACGCUUGGUGUGUGUGGUGAGGUACAGCUACCCCAGGCAUGUCUGCUGUCUAGUGACCUCCAUCUGGAUGAGGUCUACCUGGAGGUUCCCCUGACAAGGGAGGUCACUCUGCUGAACCAGACACUGAUGAAGACGCAAGUACCAGUGGCAGAAGGUGACUCAAGGAAAUACCUCACAGUGGAACCUAGUGAGGGUAUUCUACAGCCACGAGAAGAACUCCAGCUCACGCUACACUUCAGGGCUCACAGACAGGCUGAGCUAUCUGAUAUCCGUGUACCUUGUUUAAUUGAGGGAAUGGACAAUCCUCUGUGUUUACAAGUCAGCUGCCAAGUUAAGGGGCUGUCUGUAAAUUACAGCGUCUCCCUAGAAGGCCAGGGUGCCAGUGAAUUCAUGGAGAAGUUGAAACUUAACUUUGGCGAGGAGACAUACUUGGGUGACACUCCCAAACAGUACCUGCACAUCAUGAAUGAGUCGGGAGUCACAGCUCCAUUCUCCAUCAACAUGGAGUAUUUCUGUGCCAAACCACCUACCCCACCCAAUGCCACCCCUGCCUGUCAGGGUCAGUUCACUGGGUUUAGGCAGCAAAAAGGACAGAGAAGAGUUACCCUAAGUCGGACUCCCAACUUGGCUGAUCCAUUCUCAAGAACAUCAUCGAAGGCAUACCAGGAGGUUUGUCAGACCAUGCUAAGGGAGGGUAAUGGAGCGGCCUUCCUCGUCUUUCCUGCCUGUGGAGAAAUAAAGCCAUUCCAAGAGGAGAUCAUUGAGGUCACAGGCUUCAGUGACAUGUGGGGAGAGUACAACGACAACAUGGUUGUCAAGGUUGGAGAUUUAGAGGCGGUCCUUAUCCCUGUCCAAAUGAAUGUGGUUGGCUGUCCCCUCAACUUCCAGCUCACUGCCGCUCAUCCAAAUCAGCAACCAAUCAUCAGGUUUGGAAGUCACAUAGCUGGUACAGCCCCAGUUUGCAGGAAAAUGAAAAUAAACAAUACAAGUCCUUGUGACAUCCGCCUUGACUGGGAGGCAUUCUACCAAGCCCCCAAUGACAAGAAGCUGGUGGACUUAGUAGUGAAAUGUGGUGACCCUUUCCCACCGUUAGACCCCCAGGGCAAUGAGAUCGUGCCGACAUUGCCAGGCACGCCCACAAUGCAGCAUUACAACACUGAUCGUAUCUGCGACUCGCCAGACACACUCCCCCUGCUCAGUCGUCAGACAACCCUGAUGGACACUCACGACCGCGUCAUUCCAUCCACUAUUGAGGAGAGCCCGUCCCAAGGCCAGAGGGACAAGAUCGUCACCGUCUGUCUGCGAGUUCAUGAUGGCAUCGCGUCAGAGCGUCCCUAUGAUGUGUUUCCGAAACAGCUGACGAUUCCUGCCAAGUCUAGCAGCAUCGUCACCAUACGCUUCACUCCGCCCCCAACAGAAACCAUCUCCAUGGGAAUGGAUUGUCAUGGAUUUGCCCACGCCUACCUGACACUCAGUGAAAAGGACUCCAGUAAAGAUGGGCGAUUGCGAAGGAAGCAGGGGUUUGACCUUGAGACAUUGAGAGUGGAUAUGACAGCACAUGUCAAACCAGCACUGCUGACAAUAGAGUGUACCGAAGAGGAAGGAAUGAGAUUCAGAGGGGCUAUGAGUGAUCUUAUGCACGGAGGAGUGAUGUCUGCAGAAAGUCUGAACGUGUGCAGUGCUCUGCUGUCCAAUCAGACCCAAACAAACAUGACAUUCCGUCUGCGUGUGAAGAGUCCAUUUGUUCUGGUGGAUUUGGAUCCAGCAUCAACUUCAGAUGGUGCCACCAGUUCAUUCGUCACUGACAUGUGCUCGCUGAAACCCCAGCAUAGCUUAUUGAUCAAAGUGGCAUUUAAGGUGGACAUUGAUCUGCUGAAGUACUUGGAUGCCCUGGAGACAGGGGAAGAAGUGGAUGGGAUAGAGCUGGAUGUGAACAGUGGAGAGAGGAAGCUGCAAUUCCUCUAUGACCUUUUCAUAGAGUUCAACAACUCUGCUGUACAGAACCUCCCACUGCACGCCACACUGUCAGUCCCCUCCCUGAUCUUGUCUCGAGACACCCUGGAUUUUGGCACCUGUCUGGUUGGUCAGAGGAGAGAGAUGGACCUGAUAAUCAGCAACAAGACAGCGUCUGCCAGCCACUGGACUGUGACUACAGAGACCCAGACAGACACAUGCAUUCCUGAAACCUUCCAAGUGGUCCCCUCUAGUGGUGAGUUGGAGGCACACGUCACUUACGUCUCCAACAGCAAGUCUCUCAUCAAGGUGUUCUUCACAGCCAAACAUGCGGAGUCUUACGAAACCGUUUUCGUGUUUCAAGGAGUUUUAGGGGAGGAGCCUAGGAGACUUAUAGUCACAGGUCAAGGGUCGUAUGAUGGCAAGCACGAGGCCAUCCUUAAUAUUUAGCCGCCGUACUAAAGCCUGACUGGCUUUGAAUUCCAAGUCCUGUUCUCAAGUCUGUGAUAAAGAAGUAAAUUAAUGAAUAAUCUAUUUAUAAAUGGCAGUUAGUGCGAUUUGACCGUCGAGGCUUGUUAUUGAUGUCUGUAAUAACCGGUUCUAGCUUUUCAUUGUAAUAAAACAUUAUGUAACUAUGGAAACCAGAUGUGUUUACUUUGUUUUUUUGCUUUUACCUAAGGUGUGGAAUUUUAUAAAAUGCAUUGGAAAGAGUUUAAAAUCUCUGUGCCG